AUGGACACCGAUGGGGAAUCUUUAAUUGUCUGUUGUGGGGAGGUGUCCAAAAUCAACAGCCAGUUGAGAAAUGGGAACCAAAGUUUCAAAGCGAGCAGUGGUUGGUUGAGACAUUUCAAAAACCGACAUGGGAUUAAAGACAAGGGAGCAAAUGACGAAGAACCGGUGAAUGUGGGCAAACAAUUGCGGAAUUUCUUCAAGAGAGGGGGGUUCACCCAUGAGAGCAUCUACAACGUGUGUGAUAGUGUCCUGUUGUGGAAAAGUCUACCAAACUGUGAUAAGAAAUCAGCUGUUAAAAUUAUAGCUUGUGCUAAUGCGAACUCGGCUCACAAGUUGCCUCUUUGUGUCGUUGGACCUGAACGGAGGUGUGCAACCAACGAUGCGAUUUUCUACAAACAUCAGAGUCCUGAAAUUGAUUCGACAAUGUUUGAGGAAUGGUUCGAGGACAUUUUCGUCCCUCUUGUGACCCAAAGACAGCAAAAUACAGGCAAUGUUGUACCUGAAGACUCAUUAACCCAACCAAUGGAUCUAGUAAUGAAUCAACUGAAGACCAGCUAUCGGAAACACCUCCUUGAAUUGCUACUUUCAAAGUCACCGUGUCCUGUUAAACAAUUCUUGGAAGAAUUCGCUCUAACGGAAAGUAUUUCAGUAAUCAGUAAAGCGUGGGAUUCCAUUCCCAGAACAGACAUAGUGCAAUCCUGGACAAGGUUAAUAUCGGACGUAAGGAAUGAAAUCGAGCUGAACCAUGACGGCAUAGUGGAAAUAGUUGCAAUAGCUCGAAAGAUUACCGGAUUAGAAGAAACCAACUCAAUGGAGAUAACUCAAUGGCUUGAAAGCGAUAAAGAGUUUUGUUACGAUUCAAUCGAAUACGAAGAAUUUCAUUUUGACGACGAAGUCACCGACGAGCCCUCGAACAUCGAAGCCUACCAAAGUCUUGAGACUGCAAUUCGUUGGUUCCGCAACCAAAAUGAGUGCAAUAAUGUGCAGUUGGCGACUCUGGAAAAUUUACGCGAUUUGGCUGCUGCCAAAGUGUGUGUGAAAAGGGAAACGUAG